AUGCCUACAAGGUUAUGGACAGAAAUAACGCCUUCUUUAACCCCAUGGGUUCUCGAAGCUAUUGAAUCCCAGGGAUUCAAGAAAAUGACACCAGUUCAAGCUUCUGUGAUUCCUUUAUUUUGUGGCAAUAAAGAUGUUGUCGUUGAAGCAGUCACAGGAUCCGGGAAAACACUAGCUUUUUUAAUUCCUGUCAUAGAAAGAAUACUGAAAAUUGAAGAGCCAUUAAAACCGGGACAAACUCACUCAGUAAUUAUUUCUCCAACCAGAGAGUUAGCUCAGCAAAUUUAUCAAGUUUUAACAUCGGUCCUUAAAUUUUGUUCUGAUGAAAAGUUACCCAAUGGCAAAAAAAGACGUCUAGUCAGAGCACAAUUAGUGAUUGGUGGUGAAAAAACUUCUCACUCCGAUGUUCAAGUUUUUAUGUCUAGAAUACCCAACAUUUUAAUCGGUACACCUGGACGUUUAUUAGAAUUAUUAAACUCCCCUCAAACAAAAUUGGCACAAGUAGAUAGUAUGGUACUAGAUGAAGCAGAUAGAUUAUUGGAAUUAGGAUUUGACAUAUCUGUAAAAACUAUAAUUGGAAUGCUUCCUCAACAAAAACGUGCAGGGCUUUUUUCUGCUACUAUGAGUGAUGCUGUUAAUGAUAUUGCGCAAAUUGGUUUAAGAAACCCUUUCAGAAUAUCUGUAAAAGUGAGUGGUAAUGAUAGUCAAUUAGAUCGGCGGGUACCUUUGUCUCUUGGUAUUUCAUAUGCGAUUAUUACUCCAGAUAAAAAGCUUCCGUUACUUUUAGACAUGAUCCAAAAGGAAUCUUUUAAAAAAGUAAUAGUAUACCUUCCUACUUGCAAUGGAGUAAAUUAUUUUUAUCAUCUUUUGACAUUUCUUUUAAGUGAUAACUCUUUAGUUGGGGAAAGCUUGACCCAUAAGAAUCUUCAUUCAUUGCAUGGAAAGUUAAUACCAUCAGCACGAAAAAAAUCUCUAGAAAAAUUCACGUCUUCUGUUUCUAAAUCAGUUCUUUUGACCACAGAUGUUGCGGCUCGUGGGCUUGAUAUACCAGAUGUGGAUUUGGUCAUUCAAUACGAUCCUCCAGCUGAUCACAAUGUAUUUUUGCAUAGAUCAGGUAGGGCAGGCAGAGCAGGGAAAAAGGGGAAUUCGGUUGUAUUUCUUAAUGAAGGAAAUGAAGAAGGAUAUGUUGAUUUUAUGUCAGUUAAAAUGGUUGAUAUGCAUCAAUAUAAUGUGAAUAUUGCUAACCUCCCUGAUCCAUACGCCAAUGACAACAUAAGAAAUUGGAUGUUAAAGGAUAGAACCCGAUUUGAUAUGGCUGUCAAAGCCUAUGUUUCAUAUGUUAGAUUCUAUUCAAAGCAUACAGCCACUUCAAUUUUUCGUUUUUAUAAUUUUGAUUUUAUUAAAAACGCUAUAGGUUAUGGCUUAUUCCGACUUCCUGGAAUGCCUGAACUUAAGACAAUUUCUUCAGAAAGUUUACCGAAAGAUGGAUGGCUUGGCCCCCCAGUUAAUAUGGAAGAGUACGCUUAUUUAAAUGAAAAAAAAGAAAAAGAAAGACAAAAACAACUCAAGGAAAAACAAAAAGAGGAAACCUUAAAAGAAAAAAAGUCAAAAGAAAAGCAAAAGCCAAUAUGGAUCGAAAGAAAAGAAAACGCUGAAAAAAGACGCGAGAAGAGAAAAAUCAGGCAUGAAGCUAAGCUUCGAAACAACCAAAAUGCUACCUCAUCUGACGAUGAGGCAACAGUUGAAGACUGGAAGGAUCUUGUUCGGGAGCGUAAGGGGAAAAAAGCCAAAACAGUUUCUUCUUUUGAAGAUUUAUAA